CUGCGACCAACCUUGAUUCGUUAACAACUAACAUAGAGAAAUAAUAGUGAGAUAUUCUAAGUUAAGACAGUUUCUUCUUAUAUACGAUUUUGAAGAGGUUAAUUAAGUAAACUUUUGCUUGAAAUCUGUCAGGAAAAGUUAAUCUUAGGUAUUGUUUGGCUGGAAGCCAUAUCCUGAACUAUAAACAAACCUAUAACAACAUAAUUUCAGUACAGUGAGUAUGAAAAAACAACUUUUCCAUUCUAAUAGACAACGUAAUAUCAAAUAUCACGAAGAAAAUAGUCGGCUUGAGACAAUUCGCGAUGGUUUAAGAAAGGUUUCACUAUGUCCAAGCAUGGAACUAUUAGCUGUCAUAACGAAUGGAAAUCGUCUAAUUGCGUUUAGGAAUAAUGGACAGCGAAUUUGGGAUGUUGGAUUUGAAGGAUUGAAUGCUACUGCUCUUUGUUGGCACCAAGAUGGUCAUCUUUUGGUAGUGGGAUUUGAAAAUGGAGAACUUAAGUUUAUAGAUUCGUCUUCGGGUCAUAUUGUCGAACAGCGUCCGGCUUCAAGAAAUAUUCCUAUAACAAUGAUUACCUGGAUGGUUGAGGAUUCUUCUAAUUUUUUCAAUCAAAACGAUUUUUCUUUCGACCCUAUAUCUUAUAUGCCCUUGCUGGGAACUCUUCCUAGCUCUUCUAAAGGAGAACGAGUAUUUUCUUCCAAAGCAAUUGCUGAAUUCUUUAAGCCAUCUAGUCCUGAACGCUCUAAAGCUCAGAAAAUUGAACUUUUAAGCGUACUCGAUGAGGAAGGAAUUCGCCAUAUAAACAUGUUUUCGUCUUAUAAAAUUGGGGAAGGUGACUCGCUAUACUCAGCACUUAAUAUGAAAUUACCAAAGUCCCAUCAUAUUUGCAGGCAGAUGGCAUAUCAUGUUUUAAACUGUGCUGACAAGGAACAUAGCAGUCUCCAGACACUAUAUAUGCCAUUGCUGGAGAAAGGGCUGCAAAACAUUGUAGAUAUAGCCACAAUGUCGACGAAAAUGCAGUUGUUUGUGAGGUAUAUCGAAGAAACAGUAGAUGCAAUGUAUGAAGAGUUCGAUAAUAUUGCCAAAGCUGAAAAUAGCCUACGAAAGUCUUUUACCCAAAUUUUUGACAAAUAUGAAAAUAAUCCUUUCUCUCCCGAGCUUGAAUUGUAUCAAUUUAUAAUGAAUGGGUUACCAACUCCCAUAUUGAGGGAAUGGUUGACAGAGAGAGUCGGCGAUCGAGUCUUAAAAAAUUGGGAAAAAUUGAUAGUAAAUGCUAACCGGUCUUUAUCGACAUUCUGUCAGGAAUUUAUACUACCUGCUUCCGAAAGACUGGGGAUAUUGCUUAACUUGAUACGAGGAAAGGCAAUUUGGGGAGUCAUGAAAGGAGAUAGUUUACUUGAUCCAAAGUUAAUUGAUGAAUGUUUAUCUUCGCUUUCAUCACUUCAAACAAUUUCCUUUACAUUUUUAUCUUCGCUUCAGAAGGAAAAUACUCAAAUGAAACGUUAUGUUUGUUGGCUAAAUUACGCUAUGCAUGAAUUUAUUACGACUGAACCAGCAACAAUUCCUCCUCAGGAAAUCGUUGAUCAUAUACAGGAUUGUGUAAAGUAUAUUCGGAAUUCCCUAAUGCAUUCUCAGUUGACACCAUAUUUUAUGGGUGUCGAGAAGCUUCAAGAAGCAAGAGACUCAAAAUCUAACAGUCCUACGUUUCAGGAUGUUAUAAACUCUUUAAGACUUUCUUUUGAUGUCAUUUUUAGUUAUCCAUCCUUGGCUUGCCGCAGCCAGUGGAUGAAAACAGCGAAUAUUCAGUUAUUACGAGGGAACGAUUGGGAUGUAUCUGCUUGUCUUUUUCAACCAGAACCUGAUAUUUCAAUUCAAAAAUCCAUAUAUUAUAAAAGAAAGCUUCCAGGAAUUUAUAUAUGGGAAUGCAGUCUGCAAAAUGGACAGAUGUUACCCUAUCUGUGCUGUCAUUUUGAACUGGAUGCCUCUUAUAUUCUCCAAAUUGAACAACUUGAUAAUGCUUCAGUUAAUGUUUUGGAUGCGAAAAUCUAUUCCAGCAACAUACUGAUAAUUCUAGCUGAAUAUCAAAACAAAACCUUUAUGUGUGAAGUUUCCAUAGAAAAAAUACCCUUCACAUCUAUUGAUAAGUCAAUUUGUGAUUUCGGAAAGUUACCAGAACAUAUGAAUACUAUUCCCCUUAUUCCAGUCCGUGAUACAAUAUGGGUUCAAGUGUUCGACGAUAGCUUUGCACCUUCUAAAUUCGACUAUAUAGAGCAAGGCACGAGCUCCUAUGGUAUUGUUUACUCUGAAGAAACCCAAAAAUAUCGAUGGUUUAAAAUAUGAGCAUGCGACCAACUUUCAUUUUAGAAUUUUAUGAUAAAAAGGAAUUCUCGCACUCUUACGCCUUAUUAACUAAUUAUUUGAAUCUAUAUAUAUACAAAUAAUAAUGAACAUGCUAAUCAUUCAUAUACUUUGUUGACCACUGGACUACGUUGUAUCUCGUUAAUUUAAGAAAAGUUCACAUUUUUCA